UUGGAACAAGAGUCUGGCAAUUCUGCAUUACCCCACCAAGCUCUUCACCUUGUUUCUUCUUAAAGACUUGGUCUUUAUUCGUUUGCUUCCAUUUUUACUGUUUUUAUGCUAAAUUGGCUCGCAAAAACCACAGGCAUAACAAAGUCAGAGCCCUUUUGUUCAUCAUUUUCUGGAAUACUGGAGAGAGAGAGAGAGAGAGAGAGAGAGAGAGAGAGAGAGAGAGAGAGAGAGAUAGAGGAGAGGGGGGAGAGAGCACCCUUUUAGUGGUUGAAGCUUGGAGGAGGUAGAAUCCAAGAGGAAGAGGAAAAGGAAGAAGAAGAUGGGGAUUUGUUGGGGUUCUCCAGUUAGAAACCCGACACCAGCAACUACGGGUGAUCUCAGUACAGUGAUCAGCAACAUAUCUCAGACAACCAGUAAUAACACAUCUUCAGGGGCGAGUACUGUAUCCCGGAAUAGCCAGUUCUCCGCGGCAAGCGGUGAUGAGGCCAGUGCACAUGGGCAGAUCUUGCCCACCCCAAACUUGAGGAUCUUCAGUUACUUGGAGUUGAAGGCUGCAACCAGAAACUUCAGAUCAGAUACGGUGCUUGGGGAAGGAGGUUUUGGGGUGGUCUUCAAAGGCUGGCUUGAUGACAAGGCGCCGACCAAGUCAGGAAAAUCAACAGUCAUUGCUGUGAAAAAAUUGAGUUCCGAGAGCUUGCAAGGGUUUGAGGAAUGGCAGUCAGAGGUUAAUUUCUUAGGGCGACUAUCUCAUCCUAAUCUUGUUAAGCUAUUCGGAUACUGUUGGGAGGAUAAAGAGCUGCUGCUUGUGUACGAGUACAUGCCAAAGGGUAGCUUGGAAAACCAUCUAUUUGGAAGGGGAUCGGCUGUUCAGCCACUUCCAUGGGAUAUACGGCUUAAAGUUGCAAUAGGAGCUGCUCGAGGCCUGGAAUUCUUACAUACAUCAGAGAAGCAAGUUAUCUAUAGAGAUUUCAAAGCUUCAAAUAUACUUCUUGACGCGUCGUAUACUGCCAAGAUAUCCGACUUUGGCUUGGCAAAAAUGGGUCCUUCAGCUAGUCAGUCGCACGUGACAACACGGGUUAUGGGUACAUAUGGUUAUGCUGCUCCUGAGUAUGUUGCCACUGGGCAUCUGUAUGUGAAGAGCGACGUGUAUGGUUUUGGUGUUGUUUUGAUCGAGAUAUUGACAGGCUUGAGGGCCCUUGAUACAACUCGUCCAGCUGGAAAACACAAUUUAGUAGACUGGAUAAAACCAUUUCUUUCAGACAAAAGAAAAUUGAAAAGCAUUAUGGACCCUCACCUACAGGGAAGAUAUCCUUCCAAAGCCGCAUUUCGAAUUUCUCAGCUUGCACUAAAUUGCAUCGAAUCUGAACACAGAAACAGGCCAUCAAUGAAAGAUGUCGUGGAGAAAUUGGAACGGAUUGAAUCUGUCAAAGAACUUACAAGGGAGCCUAGGCCUCGUUCUACUCAUCCUAUGGCUCAUCGACAAGGACAGAAGCCUUUGCAUCUCCGCUCUCCACUUCACCCCAGGCAAGAUGGAUUUCAAGGCUACCAACAGUCACCCCAGGCUCGAGUGAGGUAACUCUAGUACGACUGCUGUCAGGAAAUAUCGUGUCAAAAAGUUUCAAUUAAUUCAUUUAUGUAUCUCCUGGGAGGUUAGAUUAUGUUAAUUUUGUGUUAAACUGGGUACGUUACGUGAACAGUGAAACUGUAAUUAUUGUGUUGAUCGAGCUUCAAAACUUGUUACAAGAGUCAUUAGUUAUAGUUUUCUGGAAGGGAAAUUUGCCCUUCCAUUUUGUUGUCAAAGUUCAAAGAUUCAAGGACAAAUAUUUUAUUGUCAGUUUACCUUCUGUAUUUUGUAACAAAGAUUCAAGGACAAAUAUUUUAUUGUCAGUUUACCUUCUGUA